AUGUCGAGAUUGGAGAUAUAUUCACCAGAAGGGUUACGUCUUGAUGGACGUCGAUGGAACGAAUUACGUCGAUUUGAGUGUUCCAUCAACACUCAUUCUCAUGCAUCAGAUGGGUCAUCAUAUUUGGAACAAGGUAAUAAUAAGGUAAUCACUCUUGUGAAGGGGCCCAAGGAACCUACUUUAAGAUCACAAAUGGAUACCGAGAAGGCAAUCUUAAAAAUCAGUGUGAACAUUACGCAAUUUUCAAAAUUUGAAAGAAGUAAAUCUAGUCAUAAGAAUGAAAGAAGAGUACUGGAGAUGCAAACUGCACUAAUACGUACAUUUGAGAAAAAUGUAAUGUUGAACAUUUAUCCAAGAACUUUAAUUGAUAUCGAAGUGCAUGUCUUACAACAAGAUGGUGGGAUAAUGGGAUCAUUAAUAAAUGGAAUUACUUUGGCAUUGAUUGAUGCUGGGAUUGCCAUGUACGAUUAUAUCAGUGGUGUUUCCAUUGGUCUUUAUGAUACAACACCUCUGUUGGACGUAAACUCUUUGGAGGAAAAUGCAAUGAGUAGUGUCACAUUAGGUGUUGUUGGUAAAUCGGAGAAAUUAUCGUUAUUGUUAGUCGAAGAUAAGAUUCCAUUGGAUCGAUUAGAAACCGUGCUGGCAAUUGGUAUUGCUGGUGCUCAUAGAGUUAGAGACUUGAUGGAUGAGGAGUUAAGGAAACAUGCCGAAAAGAGAGUUGCCAAUGCCUCUUCGAAAUGA